CCACCUAUCUGACCCUGGUUCACAUAGCCAGAGAUGUAGCUGAUGUGAUGUCCCAGAUGGUUCCCUGCCACCAGCCUCAGAGCAGAAGAUCCCAGCCUGAGUGCCAAGCUUGUGGGGCUGAGGCCCUGAAAGAAGAGGUCAAGAUGGAGGCUGAGCCUGUGAGGAAGUUGGGCGUGGUGGUGGUUGGUGUUGGCAGAGCUGGAUCCGUGAGGAUGAGGGACUUGCAGAAUCCAGAAGGAUCCUCGGUGUGCCUGAAAUUGAUCGGCUUCGUUUCCAGACGGGAGCUUGGCAGCAUCGCAGACGUGCAGCAGAUGUCUUUGGAAGAUGCUCUUUCCAGCCCAGAGGUCGAGGUGGCCUUCAUCUGCAGUGAGACCUCCAGCCAUGAGUGCUACAUCAGGCAGUUCCUAAGUGCUGGCAAGCACGUCCUUGUGGAAUACCCCAUGACACUGUCACUGGCAGCCGCUCAGGAAGUGUGGGACCUGGCGCACGAGAAAGGAAAGGUCUUGCAUGAAGAGCACAUAGAACUCUUGAUGGAGGAAUUUGCAUUCCUGAAAAAAGAAGUCGUGGGGAAAGAACUGCUGAAAGGAUCCCUUCACUUCACAGGUCAGUUUAGUGUGCAGACACAUUGAAUGCCCAGCUCCUUU